AUGACAAUUCUGUACAAUAUCAGUCGUCAUGAAGAUGGAAUACAGUCAUUAAAUGCUCUUGAUCUUGUGUCAGUAUUGAAAGAAAUUCAAACUACAGUCAAAGAAAGUGAUUCUUAUUUUGAAGAAAUAGUUGAAAUUUUGUGUAUGACAUUGGCUUUACUAUCAACGACAGAACAAAUUAAAAACGAUCGUAAACAGAUGAAUGUAGUUUUGGAUCGUAUCUUAGAAAGUGUUGUUUGGGCUGCCGGGGAAGAAGAUUACCGAUAUGGAUUUCAUGUGAGUGAACCAUUAGUUGUUUUGGUAAAAUUAUUCAGUUAUGAUCGUACACUUGAUUAUAUCAUACAACAUGCAGAAGUUGAACAACUAGAAAAAACUACAACACUAGAAUUUUUACUUGAUUUUUUCUCUAAAUAUUAUGCUACAGUCAAACAUGAUGAUCCACUCAAAUUAACAACAAUGACAGCAUUAUGCAAUAUUUUUUGGAGUGUUUCACUUCGACCUCAAUAUAAACAGGAAUUGUAUGGCGAUAAAGAAAAAUUUAAAGAAUUUAAGAAGAUAAUCGAACAGAUUGCUCGCGGAGAAGGCAACAGAAGCAUUGCAACAACAUCUAUACACUACGUUCCCACAUACAUUGAAAAUAUACAAAAAGCAGCCGACGGGAUAUUGUGUAAUAUUGUUGAACAACAAGAACAACCGCAACAAUCCGAAACUAAAAAAUCAGAGCGAUAUGGAGUAAAAAGACUUCGAACUCUAGCACUCUCUCUCAGAUCAUCAUCAUCCACGAAUAGCCCAAGUAUUGCCAAACCUCUGAAACCAUCAAUUAUGAUCAGUUACUCACACGGAGACAAUGAUAUCUGCACACAACUCUACAAUGAGUUGAAUAAGAGGAACGAUGAAUUUGAUAUUUGGAUUGAUCGUAAAUAUUGUAAAACUGGUUAUUUGUGGGGUAAAAUAGCUGAUGGUAUGCAAGAAGCGAAUGUUAUACUGUGUCUUCUAUCCAAUAAGUACUAUGAAAGCAAAUCAUGUCAACAAGAAUUUGUCUAUGCAAAUGAUCAGUUGAAGAAACAGGUUAUACCAGUAUUUGUUCAAAAGGAUAAACCUCCAGGCUGGGUCGGCAAGUGCAUUUUCAGCAUGACUGAACUUCAAAAUGUCUACAGUGUUCACUCUUUUUUUCUGUUUAGGUAUUCAUACAUGUUUGCUAAAAUAUAUUCGAUUUCGUCAGACUCAACUAUUGGAAAAAGAAAAGUUGAAAGAAUUAAUGGAAAUGAUCGACGAGUAUUUAGCAUUGAACAAUGAAAAGAAUGAUGUUGAUUCAUCGAUUUCAGUUAUGACAAGGCCUGCUCCUGUACAUCAUGAAACCAUGAUAACUGCAAAAACAACAACGGCAACACCAGUUAUAGAAAAUAAAGAAUUUGAAAUCAAACAACAAGUUGUCCACUCAACGUAUGUAAAUUUAGUUAUCUGUAAAACAAUGUUAAACUUUUCUCUUGUAAAAAUUCAUGGGUGCACUAUUUAAUCAGAAUGCUCUAGGAAUAUGUGAAAUAUUGUAUGUCUUUGUAAUUCGUUCUCUUGUUGUAUCUACCUCAUCGUUAGAGGUUUGAUCUAUUUCACCUUUCUUCUUUUAUUUCGAUGAAACAUGCUUGCGACAUCAUGUAUUGAAUUCUCUCUCACACACCAAACUAAUAGCUACUAUAGCUUCAUAACGAACCAAAUAGAUGAGAAAGAACUUGCAUAUAUAUCAUUGCGCGCACAAAGGAUUUUAAUGAAAAGACGAAUACAGAAGAAGAGAUAAUAAUAUGCGAUCGAAAAAAGACAGGUAUCAUAUCCAGGAGACACAGAAAAGAGAAAAUAUAUUUUGAAAGCGGAGCCUGUAACACCCACGAAGAAAAAACAUUGGGCAAUCGUUAAUUAUAAUCAAUUAUUUUUUCGAGGUAAAGUAAUCGAGUAAUGAUGUGGAAAUGCAACAAUGUUAAUCGAUUUUUAAUGUUCGAAAUUGAAAAUAUUCAAUUAUUCACAUGUAAUUGAUUAAAAUCUUGGGAACAUGAGUUAUUUUCAAUGCUAGCGUUACAUAUUUUCAGUUUGCAGACCAGAAAAACCAUUAUUAAUAACUAAUGCUAGCACUAUAUGAACAUUGUUUUGUCACUUGAAUGGCAUUGAUUUUUCACUUGUUUUUUUCUGUGCUGUGUCCCUUUGGGUUCCGCUCACAAGAUUCGAACUUUACUGAUUUCGCCUUUGUCCCUGUUAGUGAACAUACAAUUAGUUGAAAGCUGCGCAUUUAUACUAUUAGAGUGUCUUUCGGGUGUGGGUAUGGGUAUGGAUGUCUGGCUCUUGUCGUGAUCCAUACCUACACUCCACACCUUAACUCCAAUUGCUGAAUAAAAUACACUGUUCUAUAAAGUUUUAAAGGAAGUCUUUCAGUGAAAGCGAAAACAACAUAACCUAGCCUUUUACGAGAGAGAAAAGUUGAAAGUAUUGAAAGAGCUAUCAGUUUUGCCUCGUCCGUUAGGUUAUCGACUUCUCAACCUUCUCAAAAGCUGCCAUACAAACGAGAACUAAUGUGAUCAUUUUUUAUUUGGAACCUAUCGAUUAUUAAAUGAUUUAAAUGAAACAACGUCCUGUUACCAAUUUAAGAAGUGAAAAUGUGGUUAAAAAGCUAUGCAAUUGCGUUAGAUGGAUACGACGAAAAUUUUAGAAAGUAUUUUAUAUCAUAAAGAAUCGUCUAUUCUUAUCUAAAUAAACGAUGCACGCACUUUUUUAGGUUAACUGGAACAGCAUUGCCAAUUAGAUCUUAUAAUUAUGUCGCACAUAUAUACGUGAAGAUAGCUAAUGGACACAGAAAGAUCUAAUUGCCAAUUUUAUUCUGAAUAAAUUAGAAAAAACUUAGAGUCUUGUUCAUAUAACUGAGACAGAUAUGAGUAAAGAGAUGGACUGUACUAUUAUCCGAUCCAAAAUAAAAGGCAUGUUACCAUUUUUCAAAUAAAUUUUGAUAGGAACGAGAUAGAGAGGUGCGGUUUUCAUUAUUCGAAAGAGUGAUGUCCGGGUCAUCGAUCGGUGUAGAACUCAUUAAGACGAAAGAUGCUUUUUUUUAAAGAUACCUUUGGAUCAACACUUUCUCUUUUGAGUAUUUUUAUUAAUUUUCACAAUAAUCUCAACUCAAAUUAUGUCAAAAUGUAACUCAAAUCACCCGUUUUUUGCUAUAAAAUUAACGUCUGUUUUUUUAAAUCCACUUAGAAUACGAGGCUGAGAGAUAGUGAAAUAUGUAAUCAUUUUAUAGCGAAAAAAGGCUAAUUUGAGCUACAUUUUGAUAUAAUUUGAGUUGAGAUCAUUGUGAAAAUUAAUGAAAAUACUCAAAGGAGAAAGUGUUGAUCCAAAGGUACCUAUAAAAAAAGCAUAUUUCGUCUUAAUGAGUUUUAUACCAAUCGAUGGCCUGAGCAUCGCUCUUCCGAAUAAUGAAAACCGCACCUCUGUAUCUUGUUCCUAUCAAAAGUUAUUUUGAAAAAUGGUAACUUGCCUUUUAUUUUGGAUCGAAUAAUAGUAAAUUACAGAAAUAAUUUAUUCGAAAGAAAAAUUGUCAAGCGUCUAUAUUGCUCAAAAUGAGAGGGUCGCUUUUUUAUUCCUAUUGUUUCAUUGAUAGUGUAAAUUUGUGUUAGUUGUGUUCUACGAGGAAACGCAAGGGGGAAACCCCAUGGGUGGUACCCUUCGUACUUUUCAGCACGUCAGCACCUAUCAGGGAUGCACCAGUUCCAGUCUGACUGGGUAUCCAACUCUACUGGAUAUCCAAUUAACUGUCCUAGAAUUGAUUUGAUAAUCAGUAUUUUGGUUUUUGACCAAAGGUUUUCGGGGUCAAGGAAUUUGAAUCUGAAAUCAAACUUUCAAAAUUUUGAGUGUGAUUUUUCCCACUGAAAAAAGGUUUUUUAUGAAAAAGUUAUAGUUUUUGCAAAAAGUCAAACUCAAAAUUUUGAAAUCCUGGUUUCAGACUCAGAUUUCUUGGCCUAAAAACCUUUGGUCAAAACCAAAAUACUGGUUAUCGAACAAAUUCUACGUCAGUUAACUAGAUAUCCAGUAGAGAUGGAUACUCAAUUGGACUGGAACUGGUACAUCCUUAAUAGGUGCUGAUAGGAUGUUGAGGUGCUGACAAGGUGCUAAGGUGCUGGAUGGGUACUGAAAGGUGCUGAGAUGCUGGAUGAGUGCUGAGGUGCUGAAAGGUACGGAGGGCGCCACCCGUGCGAUUUUUUUCUUGGCACCUGAGCAUCUUUCAAUGAUUUUGGGUGCUGAGGUGUUGUAGUUUCCCCUUUGAGGAGACGACUGAUAUGUUAACAUUAGGUCAUCUCUGUGUUAAAUGAAUCUCAUCUACGUUUUCUUCUUCUUUUUUAUCAGUAUUCUGUGUUUGGAGACAAAGACUAUUAUUGACGAAUAGGAAUAGCCCAAUCAGAUGAUAAUUUAGAUACAGAGAAAACAGAACACUAACACAAUAGAAAGAAAAAAAAAUGUUCCAAUGAAUAUAUGGGUAUAAACAGAUCUGUAUUCCUAAUUGAAUAUAUGAGGAAGAUGAUAAAAAUACAAUUAUCUCUAGAUUAAAAUUUCGUUUGAAUAAAAACUAUGAAUGCUGUGCUUCAUUCAUAGAAAAAAAAAUGUAAAAGAAUAAAAUUCCGAUUCUCCGUUCAUUAAUUGAAUAUAUCUUGCUCCUAAAUCAUCAUUAUGAAGAAAUCGUCAAAUGAAAUUUGAGAACAGCUUAAUGAAAAAAAAUCUUCAAUAGGUUAAAACGUUAAUCUGACAACUGAUAAUACAUUUGUCUAUGUAAAAUUAUAAGUGAACAUAGAAAUGUAUGUCAAUACCCAGAUCACGCUCGGUACAUCGGAACCGAUCGGUUCCGUUGAAUUCCGACGAUUUCUUGACUACAGGAUUCCGGUCCAGAUUUCGUCAGACCAGUUCCGAUCAGUUUCCAUCGAUUUCCGACGAAUUCCUGGUCGAAAUUUUGCGGAACUUAACGGAAUUUUUCCGGCGGAAACUGGACCGGAACCCUGUAGUCAAGAAAUCGUCGGAACUCAACGGAGCCGACCGAAAACCAACGGAAUCUAUAGAAUCCGCUGCCGGAAAACAAAGGAAACAAACGGUUCCGGCGAUCGGAACAGUGGACCUGGGUAGGUCAUUUUACAUGGAUGCGCACUCAGUAGUUAACAUAUGCAAGCAUAGCCGCUCUUGCAUAUCACUGGUCUCUUUUGAGAUAACCCUUUCCAGCCGGCUACCAGAAAACAGGUAGCAAAAAAUCUUAUCGUGCAUUUUUGUUGCUCCUAGACCAUGGAGAUAGGAAAAGUUUAUUUUUCAGAACCAAUAAGUGCUUUGGCAUCUAAUUGCUUGAUGUAUCCAUUUAGAUACAUCCGGCCACUAGGGGACAAAAAUUUUGAAAAACUCAUUUUUUUUGUCUGUGAAAAUUCAAUAUUUUCGGGCUUUGUUACAUCUAUGCCUGUAGAGGGUGUGGGU